AUGGAGGAGGAGGAGGAGGUGAACCCGGGCGCCACCAGCUCCGUCCCGGCACUGAGUCUUGGCGCUCCCUCGGCGGACCAGGAGAACAUUGAUACUAUCAUUCGGGAGGUCGCCAGGGAUGCUGAGGCCGAGGCCAACAAGAUCGCCGCCGAGGAGGCCGCCAAGGAUGCUGCUGAGGAUGUCGCCAAGGAGCCGCCCGGGGAGACCGGCAAGGCCGCUGCCGAGGAGACCGACAAGGGGCCUGCCAGGGAGGCCGGCAAGGCCGCUGCCGAGGAGGGGGCGGUUGAAGACCAACCUUCCUCCUCUGCUGCCUCCGGCUCGGGCCGGUACCUCAAGGUGAGCGACGACCUAUUCGUCCACCUCCCAGGGACGGAGAGCACCGGGGUGCCCACCAAGGGGGAGGUGUUUGAUGACGAGGCCAAGUCCAGGAUGGCGGUUGUGGACAAGGCAGAGGCAGACCUCGAGGAGCGCGUCGCCGAGGUGCGGGCUUGGUUCCGCCAGGCCCACAAGGACUUGAAGGCCGCCCAGGACAUGCUGGCUGAAUGCAAGCUGGAGAUUGUCAUGAAGCAGGCCGACAUCGAGAAGGCCCAGGAAGUGGUGAAGCAGCAGGCUGCCCAGGAUGAGGCCGCUCGGGACACGGAGACGCUGGCGCAAAGGGUGGCAAAGAGGGCCAAGGCCUCGACGGGCGACAAGCCCCCGGCGGGCGCUUCCUCGACGGACCAGGAGAACAUCGAUACUAUCAACGAGGAGGUCGCCAGGGAUGCUGAGGCCGAGGCCAACAAGAUCGCUGCCGAGGAGGCCACCAAGACCGCCGAUGAGGACGCCGCCAAGGGGCCUGCCGGGGAGGCCGGCAAGGCCACUGUGAAAGUGGAACAGCUCCUUCGGGGCAUGAGCGCCAACUUCCAGAAGCUCCAGGCGCUCCACCGUGCCCGCUUGGACAAGGCAAAGUCUAGGAUGGCGGCGGUGGACAAGGCGGAGGUGGACCUCGCGUGGCGCGUCGCCGAGACAUAG